AUGUACAACGACGGCCAACAUUACCGCAAUCUGGACCUGUGCUGUGAUUCCUCGCAGAUCCGGGCCACGAUGCUACGGCCCGAAACGGGAAAGUGCUUCCCGUACUCGAUCCUGUCGAAAGCGCAGCAACUCCCAUCGGAAGUUGCCGUCGGUGUUAAGCCCCUGGUGCCUGCGAUACCCUACGGGGAUGGGUGUGGCGGCGGCUUCCUCAGCUUGGUGCAGCCGUCAAACGUCAAAGCAGCGGCCGAGAUGCUGCCACCGACCAACUUUGAAGCUAGCACCACCAGCGGGCCAGGCUUCUACGGGAGUGCUAUGGUCACCGACGUGGGUAUCUGCUUCAGCAUGAGCAACGUGAAUCUGAACGGAGAGUAUCCGCCGCCACCGAAUCCGGCGGUGGUGCAUCCCGGGAGUGCCGCGCGGACCCCUUCGAGAUCGUACGAGGAUCCGGGUCCCGGGACGGCCCUCAUGGUAGCUCGGCGCCGUGCCGCAGCCUUCGUGCCCGUUUCGGCCGGUGACCAUCGGUUUAAGCCGAUGGUCCAACAGUCACCGCCUGCUGGGCUGGCCACUAGUCAGCAUCAUCUACUGCCACAGGCCGCAGCAGUCGAGCAACAGUUCCGUACGCCGUACGCCACGGCGCUCCCGGUGGCUGCUGAGCUGCAGCAACUACCAAGCAUUCCGGUCCACUAUCCAAUGGCCCGGCAUCGGCCGACGCUUCCGGCCAGGUACGGUACUGCCGUCAGGUCUCCUUCCUGUGACGGUUUGACACGGGUCACGCUCCCCACCACGGGUUCUUCCACAGCCGGGGCGACUUUACCGUCGUCCUACUACAGCCAACAGUCAUCCGCGACAACGGCGCCAGUUCUGGGUGUGUACCCAUCGGUAGCGGGUAGUCUUCAUCGCCACCACCACCAGGUGGUUCCUCCGGCCGUCGGCUUGACAUAUUUGCCCGGAGUUCCACCCGUUAGCGUACCGUUCGGACCGCAGGCCCAGCAACCAGCGGCGAUCGAUACCUUGGAGUACCAUCGGUCUCAACCGAAACCACUCGGUGAUCCUAGCGUGGUCCAGGCCGGGUCCGGGUCGCGCUUCACCUACGACGCCACCGGGCGGUUGCUGCUGAACUGUUGCUACACCGAAGUCAACCAGCAGCCUAGCGCCGCCGCCGCACGUUGCGUUCCGAACUGCCACGGAUCAUCAGUGGUGCCGCCUGUCGCUCCGCACUGCAUCACCCAGGACAGUGCAGCAGCGAUUGGUGUUCCGGCUGAACAGGGCAGCCCGCCGCUGCAUGUGAGUCGCUCCUGUCCGACCUCACCGAAAGGACCGGAGGGUGCGUUUUCGGCUGCGGAACCCGGCGGAACGCUCUCCACGAGCUCAUCCCCGAUAAGCCUUGUGCAGCGGCCGCGGGACGACGAUGGUGGGCCGAUGGAGGUUUGCGAAGACUCGAUGGCGGCCGAUGAUGAGCCGAAGGAUUUUAGCAUGAAGUCGCCACCGAUUGUUGUUGCACCGCCGUCGGAUGAUGGGCCGAUGUUCGGCCGACCUUCACCACCGCCCGCCCUCGGCACUGGUGGUUUGCUGCUGCGCCGCGAACAGCGGGAAACCAUAGCGGGCCUCGGACGCAGUAUGCGAUCGCUGCUGGAGCAGGAUCGAAACCGUCGGGAGCUGAAGGCGGCACCGAAGAAGAAGUGGAUACGGCACUACAUGAAGGAUGAACCGCUCGUGAAUGGCCAUUCCACCGCGCCGCCACUCGUAGUGAUCUCGUCGAACGGUGUUGUGGGAGCGCCAGUGCAGAAGCAUCAUCUCGCGAGUCACGUUCCCGUGGUCGCGGGUUCCACCGCCAGCAUUACCUCCCCGAUGACGAUCGACCUGUCGACCAAGAGCCUAAACCACCACCAGCAGCAGAACGGUGUUCCGUUCCAGCAUCACGCCGCGCUGCAUUCGCUCGCCCCUUCCACGACACCACCGUCGUCUGCCCUGUCGUCGUCAUCAUCGUCCUCGUCGUCCUCUUCCUCCUCGUCAUCAUCCUCGACGCUCACCGUCUCACCGGUGGACGAUUCGCAGUCGUCGUUGAACCUGAGCAACGGUCCCGCCCCAAACGGUUUCGGUACCGUUCACAGUGCCAACACUUCCGGCGGUGGUUCGCUCAACCUGAGCAGUACCGCAAGCAGCGGAUCGUCCCUGCUGCCGGGUAUCGGUCUGAGCCCGGGCACCACCGUUACGUCCGUCGUGGCCGGUGGUGUACUGCCGAUCGGCAUCGACGGUGGAGUGCUGCAAACGGCCACUUCCGGAACGGCCAAUCGCCACCCGGUGGCCGUGCACCAUUUGCCACUGGAGCUUCAGCAGCAGGUGGCGGCCGGCCUAUCGGCGCACGGUUCGCAGACGGCCGGAGCGGCCCUGUUCGCAAACAUCCCAGCGCGGCGGAGAACGACCAGCUCAAACAGCAACGGAGUCGGAACGCGAGAGGUUCACAACAAGCUGGAAAAGAAUCGACGGGCGCACUUGAAGGAGUGUUUCGAGCAGCUAAAGAAACAGCUCAGCCUACAGCCGGACGAGAAGAAGAUCUCCAACCUGUCCAUCCUGCACGCAGCGAUACGGCACAUUCAGAUGCAGAAACGCAAGGAGCGCGAGUUCGAGCACGAGAUGGAGCGACUGGCGAAGGAGAAGAUUGCGGCGCAGAAUCGGAUUUUGCUGUUGAAGCGCGAGAUCACGCAGAUGGGCGAUAUCGAUGUGUCGCGGCUGGCACCGGAUACGGAUAUCACGCCAAACCCGACGGGCGGUCUCAAUCUGACCAGCGUGGUGCAAUCGGAUCGUGAUCAUCUCAGCGAUGCCGUGCUGGUCCCGGGACGCAAUGGCAUUCGGUACAGCUCUAGCAGCUCACUCUCGAGCAUUGCAACAAAUGCUUCCAUCGGCACCUUACCGCACCAAACAACCAUUUCGCCAGUUCUAUCCAUAUCAUCACCGACGCGCGGCAGCCCGGCCUUGAAUCGCAGCUCAACAUCGCCUCCGUCAUCAUCGUCGCCGUCGUCGUCCUCCCUGUCAUCGUCGGCGUCCUCGCUUUCGGUGUCGUCGACCACCGCGAGCCUCAUGCUGCCACUGUCGUUGACUACCAAGAGCAGCAACGGUGGUGGCGUCCUGGUGGAUUCGCACAACGGUGCUGUCGCAUGCAACACAACGUCGCCGUCUCCGCUCAAGUUUUCCACCGGCCCACUGAACGGACUCAAUCUGAGCAGUUCCGUCUCGGCUCUUCCUAUAAACGGGAUCAACGGUUCGACGGCCGCUUCCAUCGGCCAGCUGCCCGUCAUCGUCGGUGCGAACGGAGCUACCAACAUCGUUGGCAUUACUCCGUCGCAGUUGCUAGCAACGACGGCUGCCACGGCCAAUGGAUCGCCGGCCAUCCAAACGAUACCGCUGAACCUGAACGUGACAUCGACAGCCGUCAGUAAUGGGCUCAACGGGGCCGGUAUCCCAGCGACCACGGCCAUCGUGUCCAGCGCCGGUCUGCAUUUGGCACCACCGUCGUCAGCCCAAGCGCUGCAGUUGACAACGAACGGUACCGGUGGCGGCGGCGGCGGUGGUAGCCUAGCCAGCAGCAGUAUUGGUGGUGGAGGCACCACGACCUCCACCAUUGCCACCAGCAACGGUAGCAGGGCGGGUAGUACUGCUUACGGGGUGGUGUCAACCGUAAGCGUAGGGCAAACGUUGGCCAGCGUGCACGGCAAAGAACUGAUUAACGGUACGAUCGGGAAGAACGGUACCGUACGGACUGAUAAUAAUAGUAAGCUUGAGAUUAUUGCAACCCAAACCCCCACCAAUAAUGCGACGGUCGUCGCAAACGGUGCCACCGUUGGCACCGCGGCACUAGACCCACCGGGAACGAAGGUUAUCACAGUGGUGAACGGUAACACGUUCGCACUCGCCUCGAUGGAUAAGGACAGCAAGAUGGGUGUCGUCUACAGUCCCAUCCAGCUGCUGACACCGCAAGGACUACGCGUGAUACAGCAGUCCCCGAACGGGCUGGCAACCAUCGAGCUUAGUGCGCCCGCUAACGGUGGCAACCGUUUGCAGCUGCAUUUAACUCACUAGAGAACGGUGGCCGCCGCCGGGAAGGGAGUAAGGAACGAACGUCAACCCACCCUCUUCCGCCGCAACUAGCGCCAAACGCGCUGCUGUUCCUUUCCUCUCCCGAGUUUCGUGAUCCGCGUGCUGCACUAACUUCCACCCGAGGGCCCAGUUUUUGCCACAUGCGAUACGCUGCCAGUUGCAUGAACAAGUGGCACGUUUACAAGUGGCCACAAUUGCAUUUCUACACACAAAACGUAAGUUCAAACCGAGUAACAAUAUGCGAUCGAUAACUUUUAAAGUCCGGAUGCCGGCUUCCUCUCUUCGGGCGGCU